AUGGCGGAUAAGGUCUUGAUGAACGAGUUCAAGGCCCUCUCCAAGGAAUCCUGGACCAACAUCGAGGUACGUGGAUCCUAUGCGAUAGUGGUAUGCGACUGCGAGACUGACAUUGCAACGUUCAGNCUCAUCGACGAGAACAUCUUCUCAUGGCAUGUCGCUCUGAUCGUCAUCAACCCGGACUCGAUCUACAAUGGUGCCUACUUCAAAGCCAAGAUGACAUUCCCAAAGAACUACCCUUACAGCCCUCCUGGUAUGCGAUCUGCCUUCCACUCUCUCUUGUGCCACCGCAGUGCUGACCAAGAUCUCNNAGAAUUCAAGUUCACCCGUCCCAUGUUCCACCCGAACGUUUACCCUGAUGGCAAGCUCUGCAUUUCCAUCCUGCACCCACCCGGCGAAGAUGAGAUGUCAGGUGAACUGGCUGCUGAACGCUGGUCGCCUGCCCAACGCGUCGAGUCCGUCCUCAUCAGUAUCCUAUCACUACUCGACGAUGCCGAACCUUCUUCACCUGCCAACGUCGAUGCCGGAGUCAUGCUACGCAACAACCCUGAAGCAUACAAGCAAAGAGCCCGUCAAGACGUCGAAGCUAGCAAAGCCGACAUUCCCGAAGGCUUCGUCAUGCCCACACAACACGCCACCUACAAGCCCGAAGUCGAAGACAACCUGUUCAGCUGGAGCGACUCAGAAGUCGAGGAUGACUUUGACAACGACAGCGACGCAGAGAUGACCUUUGACGAAGACGACGAAGACGAUGAGCAGGAGGUGGCCAGUGACAGCGACGAUUGA